AAAAAGAAAAAACAAAUUCUGCAGGCCCCGCAAUGUUCUCCGGUUGAUGUCACCGUCCAUUUCCAACCGCCAUUCUUCCUCCGGCGGCCGUUACUACGCCACCGUUAACAUCGGCUUAUUUGGCCGUCUCAGAUCAUUUUCAUUGAUGUUGAUUUGGCCGUCGACCCACUUUGGGUGUUGUCGUCUGGUCCAUUCCUUUUCUUUCAACGUCCUGAAAGCCGCUGCUGAUGUGAAAUCCAUUUCUCGAGGUACCAAAUUGCACAGCCUCGUCAUAAAGUUGGGAUUGGCUAAUGAACUGUCUGUACAGAACAAACUAUUGAAGGUUUAUGUUAAAUGCAGGGAUCUGGGUCGUGCACGGAACCUGUUUGAUGAAAUGCGUAGGAGAAAUGUUGUGUCGUGGAACACGGUGAUUUGUGGGGUUGUUGAUUGCGGGUAUGGAGGUGAGUUUAGGAUGAGGGAGCGUUCGAUUCUCUCAUGUUUUAAGAAUAUGUUGAUGGAUAUGGUAGACCCAGAUGGUGUCACGUUUAAUGGAUUGUUUCGUUCUUGUGAUGUGAUGAAUGAUGUUGGAAGUGGCAAGCAAUUGCAUGGUUUUGUGAUCAAAAUUGGGUUUGAUUUGGAUUGUUUUGUGGGGAGUGCAGUGGUUGAUUUUUAUGCGAAAUGUGGGUUAUAUGAAGAUGCGAGAUUGGCUUUUAGCAGCGUUCUGUAUAAGGAUCUGGUUUUGUGGAAUGUGAUGUUGUACUGUUAUGUGUUUAAUUGUUUGGCCAAAGAAGCGAUUGAAAUCUUUUUCUUGAUGCAGUUGGAAGGCUUUACAGGUGACGAUUUUACAUUCAGCAGCCUGCUAAGUUCGUGCAAGUAUAAAGGAUCAGGGGAAUUGGGUAAGCAGCUCCAUGUUCAUCUUAUAAAACACUCAUUUGAUUUAGAUAUUCUAGUAGCAAGUUCACUUGUCAAUAUGUAUGCCAAAAACAAUCAUUUAUAUGAUGCUCGCAAAGUGUUUGAUGAAAUGCCAAUUCGAAAUUCUGUGUCUUGGACCACUAUGAUUGUUGGGUAUGGGCAGCAAGAACAUGGGAAAGAGGCGGUGAAACUUUUGAGGAGAAUGUUUGAGGAAGAUUAUUACCCUGAUGAAUUAACUUUUGCUAGUGUGCUAAGUUCUUGUGGCUUUACUUCUGGGGCUUGUGAGCUGAUCCAGGUUCAUUCUUGCUUGAUAAAACUUGGUUUUGAAGCAUUUUUGUCUGUUAAUAAUGGUUUGAUAAAUGCAUAUUCGAAGUGUGGUGCCAUUUCUCCAGCUUUACAAUGCUUUAGAUUAAUUGCAGAACCAGAUUUGGUUUCAUGGACAUCAAUUAUAUGUGGACUUGCAUUUUGUGGGCUUGAGAAAGAUGCUGUUGAGUUAUUUGAUAAGAUGUUAUCUCAGGCCAUUAGACCAGAUAAAAUUGCAUUUCUUGGUGUUCUUUCUGCCUGUAGUCAUGGGGGAUUUGUAAACAUGGGGCUUCACUACUUCAACUUAAUGACUAAUGAGUACCAAAUUGUUCCUGAUUCAGAGCAUUUGACUUGCUUGAUCGACCUUAUCGGUCGAGCGGGUAGUCUAGACGAGGCUUUUAAUCUUUUGAAAUCAGUGUCGGAGGAGGCUGGACCAGAUGCUUUCAGGUCGUUUAUUCGAGCAUGUAGAACUCAUGGGCAUUUGGGAUUAGCAAAAUGGGCAAUGGAGUUUGCAUCAGAUCCAUAUAAACCAGUGAAUUGUUCUCUAAUGUCGAAUAUGUAUGCUUCUGAAGGAAGAUGGUCAGAUGUGGCGAUAAUGCGCAAACUGAUGAAGGAUGGUUGUGAACCAAAAGUGCCAGGCUUUAGUUGGAUAGAGAUUGCUGGUUAUAACCAUUCGUUUGUAUCAAGUGAUAGAUCCCAUCCACAGUCUUCAGAUCUCUAUGAAAUGUUAGGAUUAUUACUCAACACGAUGAAGAAAGAUUACAAGUCCAUAGCGUCCAACAUAGAUAUUGAGCCCGAAUGAAUGCCAAAUCUUGGGUGGACAUGAACCAUAAUCCAUUUUGAGGUUCAGCCCUUGACUUCAAUACCUGUUCAUCUAAAUCUGAUUCGGUCUUCUAAAUGGCUGUAGCUCACGCUUGAGUGAGCAAAGGAAGCAGGAGCUCAUUUUGCUAGACCAGCAGUAUAUGGUGCUUCACGAUUGUAGGCUUAACAACAGAUGCAGAGAUGAGGAAUGAGAAGCAUACAAAAAUACUCGGCCAUGGCAAUACUUCAACUCGCUACAAGGACGUAAACAGAGGAAGAGGAAUGACGACAUGUAGAUAGUGAAGUGCCAAACGCUGUCAACAAUCAAAGGAUCGAAACUUAGAGAGACAAAAGA